AUGGGUAAGAAGAUUGUGUUUAACAUUAGCUCAGAGUUCCAAUUGAAAGCGCUUCUCGGAGAAGGUGCAUAUGGGAUUGUAUGCUCAGCAGUACACAAGCCUACAGGUGAGAUAGUCGCUAUCAAGAAGAUAGAGCCAUUUGAAAGAACGCUGUUCUCCCUCAGAACACUGCGUGAAAUAAAAAUUCUAAAACAUUUCCAACAUGAGAAUAUAAUCAGUAUUUAUGAUAUCCAAAAGCCGGCGUCUUUCGAGACAUUUAACGAGGUUUAUAUCAUUCAAGAGCUCAUGCAAACAGACCUACACCGGGUGAUUGCGACACAAGCACUGUCGGAUGACCAUAUCCAAUAUUUCAUCUACCAGACGUUACGCGGUCUCAAAGUUCUGCACGGUAGCAAUAUUAUACACAGGGACCUUAAACCUUCAAACCUCCUUCUUAAUGCCAAUUGUGACCUCAAGAUCUGCGAUUUCGGCCUGGCACGUAUUGAUAAUGGUGAUAACACUGAAAUAGAACAAAACCAGCUUUCGGGCAUGACAGAGUAUGUGGCUACCAGAUGGUACCGUGCUCCGGAGGUGAUGCUCACUGCGGCAAAAUACACGAAAGCCAUUGAUAUCUGGUCGUGCGGGUGCAUUCUUGCUGAACUCUUUUUAAAGAGGCCACUUUUCGCUGGCAAGGACUACAAGCACCAGCUAAUGCUAAUAUUUGAGCUGCUUGGCACUCCAGUAGGAGCAGAUCUCGUUUCCAUAAGAUCUCGCCGCGCAAGAGAGUACAUAAGCACCUUACCCCGCUACCACAAGAUUACCUUGCGCACACUCAUUCCAGGUGCUAGUGCACUUGGAAUCGACUUGCUCGAGCGAAUGCUGGUGUUCGACCCCAGAAAACGCAUCACCGCUGCAGACGCUCUCAGGCACCCUUAUUUGGCUACCUACCAUGAUCCUCUCGACGAACCGGAAGGUGCUCCAAUCCCCGCCUCGUUCUUUGAAUUCGAUCGCUACAAGGAUCGGCUCACCACCAGAGAUCUGAAACAGCUUCUCUGGGACGAGGUUUUCCUGGACAACAGCCACGACACAAGCAACUAG